AAAAAAGAGCAAAGCGAGUAAAGAAAGGGAAAUUUUCAUUCUCAUGCCCUAUCCUCACCUGCGAAGAGAAUGAGAAGGAGAAAAACUGCUUGAAUUUCCUUCCCAUCCUAUAAUUCCCUCUGAAAAUUGAUUUCGAUUUCAGUUGGUGACAGGGAAAAUCAAAGAAGACCUUGGAUCUUGACAUCGACAACGACGAGGAGUCGAUGUUGGUUCAGCCCGACGUCUUUAUCGUUCUUGGCAGCCGACCCAUCCACCGAAUCUCUUUGUAAAUAUAUGCAUCUGCACCAGUUUGGUUUCAAGUGAUGAGAAGCUUCUUUGUGAUUCAUUUCAAUACAUGGAGAUUGCGAAUGGAAUGCACGGGAAGUAAAAGUAUAACCACUUACGUGGUUUAUGUUUCAAAACUUGGGAUGAUUGAGCUGAUUCUGUUUAGGGAUGCUGGCAACUUUUCUCUUUAUUGCAGUCGCACAAUUGGAUUUUUGGUAUUCUUGCUGGCUAGCUUCCUGGGGAUUGGAGCUUCUUUGUGGCAUACUUGGUUGCGAGGAUCUCUUUUUGGUAUUUCUUGCAAUAGGGUAUCUCCUGAAGCCGCAGUAGGAGAAUUUUCUUCAUUCUUCGCAGAUUGGAUUGCUAGACAUGGCAUCAGCCUAUUUAUUAGGUAAACAAAAAUGAGAAAGAGUGAAGAAGGGAAAGAAAGUGAUGUGCAAGUUAGGGAGAAAUUCAACUUCAACAUGAGUUAAUUGAAGCUUAAGUGGGCGAUUGUUGAACUCGUAACUACAAGCCCGUAACACUAUUCUUCAGCUGGAUAGAGAGCAGCGAAACAACCAUUUUAAUAGCUUUGAUGGUAGUUCUCAACAUAUUUGCAGCCCUGGGAAGAAUGAAAGUGCUAUAAAUUGCAGGCUUGCUAAGCUUGGGAGUGAUGAAUUUAAUAAGGCUAGCUUCAUUUUUUACUUGAGAACACGUUGUUCUAAAUGUUUUCAAAUUUUGUAGCUCAAUAGAAAUAGAUAGAGUGUAAUUUUGAAUUUUCUGGGAUGAUUGCUUAUUGUUCAAUUAAUAUAAGGCUAUCUUCGAUUUU